AUGUCUGGCACUCGUGCUCGAAAGGCCGCAGCCACAAAGGCAACCAAAAACAUACCAGAGAAAGCGAAACAGGUCAAGAAGGCGGAGCUACAAGAGGCCAACUCGAGCAAGCAAUCAACCGCCCCUUUGAAGGCAUCCCCCAAAGCUACCGCCAAAGUCCCUGAAGCGCCUGCGAAGAAGACAAGCAAGCGGAAGGCCGAAACAGAGAUCGAACAUGAACCUCAAACCAAUGGUGUCAAGAGAACGAAAGUCGUUCCUGCACCCGUUUCACCCGUCUCCCCCAAGCGAAAACCUGCCGCUGCAGAAAAACCAGCGGCAGCUAAAAGGACCAAGACAACAAAGGCAGAUAUCAAUCACCCUCCGACUGAGAAAUUGAAUGUCUAUGUGUUUGGAGAAGGCUCUUCUGGGGAACUCGGCCUCGGAAGCGCCAAGGGCCAGACAGAGGUGAAGAGACCGCGUUACAAUCCGAAUCUCAGCCCGGAUGGCAUCGGAGUGGUGGCCUUGUCUGUCGGCGGGAUGCACACUGCGGCUCUCACCCAUGACAAUAAGAUUCUGACCUGGGGCGUCAACGACCAGGGCGCUCUAGGUCGAGACACUGCCUGGGAAGGGGGUCUCCGUGAUAUUGAUGAAGAUGCUAGUGACUCUGAUUCGGAUAGUGGUUCGGAGACAGCCGUCAACCCCAAAGAGUCCACUCCGGGCGAGGUAGACCUCUCAGGCGUUCCAGAAGAGGUUAUCUUCACCCAAGUCGCCUGCACCGACAGUGCCACUUUUGCUCUCACGUCUCAGGGCGACGUGUACGGAUGGGGGACAUUUCGCUCGAAUGAAGGCAUUUUUGGCUUCGACCCCACCACGCUGAUACAGCUUCGACCAAAACUCAUCAAGGGCCUGAGCAAAAUCACCCAGCUUGCAACUGGUGCUAAUCAUGUCUUGGCCCUACAGAACAAUGGCGCGGUCUUCUGCUGGGGUUCAGGGCAACAGAAUCAACUGGGCCGAAGGAUACUGGAGCGGAGAGCUACAAACAGUUUGAUACCGACAGCCAUUGGCACACUCAAGAAGAUCGAAUACGUUGGGGCUGGCGCCUACAAUUCCUUCGCUGUAAAGUCGAACGGUGACGUUUAUUCCUGGGGCCUCAACAAUUUCGGUCAAACCGGAAUUCCCAAAGAUUUCGACGAGGCCGGUAAUAGCAAAGGCAACGAUGUGCAUAUGCCUAUUGUUGUUGAGGCGCUUCGCGGCAAAUUCGGCAAAGUUACAUGUAUUCAAGGAGGGUCUCAUCAUACUGUGGCGGUCACCGAUAAAUACGAACUGCUGGUCUGGGGGCGGAUCGAUGGACAUCAGUCGGGUUUGAAAGUCAAGGACCUUCCAGAAGACGAUGUUGUGCGCGAUUCGGCUGGCCACCCACGAAUUUUGGUUGUGCCAACCCAAAUCCCCGAUAUUGAGGCUCUCAUGGCUGCAGCUGGAUCUGACCAUUGCAUCGCCAUUGACAAGAAUGGCAAGGCGUAUUCGUGGGGGUUCAGUACAACGUACCAAACAGGCCAGGGCACUUCGGACGAUGUGGAACUUGCAACUCUAAUCGACAAUACAGCUGUCAGAGACAAGAAACUCGUUUGGGCUGGUGCGGGCGGUCAGUUCAGCGUGAUUGCGGGAUUUCCGACGCCCUUGGUUAAUGGUGUAAACGGACAUGCUGCGUGA